CAUAUACACGUCUUUUUUUUAUUGCAAAGAAAAGAUAUAUCUGAAACGAAGUUCUAGGGUUUGUAAAGACAGUUCAGUCGUUACUUGAUUGGAAGCCACAUGUUCUGAUUCUGCAUAACAGUUCAAUUCCUUUCCCCAGGUCACAGAUCAGUUUAUUUUUGGCUUCUGAAUGGGGGAUCCAGAAAAUAACAUCCCACCUUCAAAGAAGAGGGCAGCUGGAAGGGAACUAUCACGAGAUAACCCUGGUCUGGAUGACGAUGAAGAGUCUUCUGAACUAGAGACUGGGACUUUCAAGAAGGCUAGUGAGGAGGUGCUGGCAAAUAGAAGAAUUGUCAAAGUUCGUCGGAAUCAACCAUCGUCGACCCCGUCAAUCCCUUCUUCUAACCCUUUCGCCGGGAUUCGCUUGGUUCCUUCCACCAAUCCAAAAGUGGAAAAUGAUAAAAAAGUUUUAGAAGAUGUUGACGGAAAGAAAAAUGAGAACAAAGAAUCAGUUUCAGAAAACAAGGUCGAUGAGGCAGGUGCAGAGCCUGUUGUAUGUGAGAGGGAACCUGAUAAGGUGGGUGAGGAGGGCGGCAAAGCAGGACUUGCAUAUGAGAAGGCAACAGAAGGGGAUAAAACUGAGAAUGAAGAUAACAAAGGGACUGAGGGUACUAUGACAGAGAGCAAGCAGAAAACAGACCAUGGUGGUGACAAUAUAGAAAAAGAAGCGGAAGCUGCAUCCUUAAGUUCCUUUCACCAACUUUCAAGCACCCAAAACGCCUUCACAGGACUAACCGGAACUGGGUUCUCCUCUUCUACGUUCUCUUUUGGAUCAAUUCCUAAAGAAGGAUCUCCGCCAGGUUCUGGUUCCUACCCUACUUUUGGGUUGAGUCUUCCUAAUAAUGGAAAUUCUUCCCUCUUUGGCACAACAGGGGUUUCCCUUGGUACUAAAAGUGAGGGAAGUGGAAUCCCCUCAAUGCAGGAGGUUGCGGUUGAAACAGGGGAAGAGAAUGAAAACGUCGUUUUUACAGCUGAUUCUGUGCUAUUUGAGUUUGUCGAAGGUGGUUGGAAGGAGCGAGGGAAGGGAGAACUCAAGGUGAAUGUCCUGACCAACGAAAAAGGGAAAGCCAGACUCGUAAUGAGAGCUAGAGGAAACUACAGGUUGAUUUUAAAUGCAAGCCUAUACCCGGAUAUGAAGCUGACUAAUAUGGAAAAGAGAGGCAUCACUUUUGCCUGCAUGAAUAGUGCUGUUGAAGGAAAGGGAGAUCUCUCUACAUUUGCUUUGAAGUUUAAGGAUGCUUCUAUUGUUGAAGAGUUUCGUGUUGCUGUCACGGAACAUAAAGGCAAAACAGCUACUGUUUUGAAAACACCUGAAAAUUCUCCCAAGGAGUCAGAUGAUUGAAAGUUGUCCAAGUUAGUUGAUAGAGAACUGUUUUUUCUCUCAUAAUGUUACUUCCGACAUCUGUUUCCUUUUCUUGCGGUGGAGGAAGUAGACGGAGGAGGUUGUUUGGGGUUGGUAACUUCUAUGGCCUAUAAAGAACAGUUAGCAGAGUCCUAUCCAUUUUGUUGUUGUUUUUACCCAGUAGACUUGUUCAAAUUCUGGGUAAAUCCUGGCGUCGGGUCGAAGUUUCUACUUUGUAGCUCUAAAGACAUGGAAAUCGCCAAACGUAUUUUUCGAGUUGUCUGAUAAAUCUUGAGUUAUACAUGAAAUUCCUGUCUUUAUGUUA